AGUUUCCUGUCUAGGGCGGCCAUUGAAGUACAAAAGCAGGGUGAACAGACAUGCUGACCCUCCUGGCUUUGGGGUGGACCAAAAGGAAAGUGGAACAACUGGGCCGCAGUUUGAGCCAGAGAUAUCUCAAGAUCAUAAGGAUCCUUAGAGAACAAGUGGAGAGCCUGAAUGCGACCAACAAUGAGCUGGGUGUGGAUGACGACACACUGCAGCAAUGGGUGGCCGAUGUGCAGAAAUGGGCUGAAGAAACUGAUCAAACUGAUGGCAGCCUUGGAGCGUUGCAGGCACGAAUAGAGGAGCUUGUCGUCAUCAUCAGAGUGCGAACACAAAGUCUUUACAGACAAAAUGAUACCAACAAGAGGCGACACAGAAUUCGCACGGUCAUCUUAGUUGAGAAGAAACGCUUGGCGGCUGCUGUUGACGACUACAACAAGCUUGCUGAACCAACAAAGCAAAUCGUAUCCAGUGAUGCCCUCAUCCAGACCGACAUUUGGCCCUGGCAGAGCACAAGUGAACCUGCUGCUCAACUCCAGACAAAGAGAAAGGUCUUUGAGAAGGUGAUGGCUGUGAGGCGCCUGAGAGAGGAGGAGAUGAUCCUUUGCAGGGAGAUGCGGCAUCACUGGACAGUGUUGCGAAUGCGAUCUGUGGUGUUGGGGACAAUCUCCUCAGACUCCUCCCUUGUUGGCAUGUCGGAGGAUGCACAGAAGGGACUCCGUAGCCUGGUUUUAAAAAAACAAAGUGAACUGAAAGCUGAAAUGCUCAAAAUAAAGGACAUGUACAAGAGAAUCCUCAGCCACCAACCACUCCUGGAAAUGGACUCGGAGGAGGAGGAAGACAUUCCAGACGAUGCCACCGAGAGUGAUUUGAGCACUUCUGAUGAAGACUGA